AUGACCUCCAAGAACUAGAAGGAAAUAGAAGAAUUUCAACUAAUAAAGUUUAUGCCCUUGUUCUUCCCACCACCAUAUAUGACUUCCUCCCAUUAGGGGCCGGCAACUCCCUACCUUUAAAGGACUACAUCCUCCCCCAUUACUUCCUCCACAGUUCCUCCUCUCUUCCAGUCUCUUGAUGGGCAAAAGCCGUCAAGAUUUUUCCCUUAAGUCUAAGAGCUCUUCAAAUUCCCAACAAAAAGCAGCCAACUUUUCCUGCUGCUAAGGAAGUUGAACAAUAGAAAUGGACAGACUAAUAAGUUUAGAGCCAUCAAACGAGGUAUCCAUCCGAAUUGAACCUGGCCAACGAUGUUAUGGACAAGUUACCCUCCGCAACGUCAUGUACACCAUGCCAGUGGCCUUUCGUCUUCAACCCCUGAACCGAAGUGGAUACACAAUUCGUCCUCAAUCUGGCAUAAUAGCACCCCUUGCCACCCUCACUGUAGAAAUCACCUAUGUUCUUCCCUUCAACUCACCCCUCCCUAAAUCAAUCCCCAGUUCCAACGACUCAUUCCUCCUUGACAGUGUAGUCGUCCCCGGUGCUGCCUUCAAGAACCCAGCCUCCACUUUUGACUCUAUCCCAAGUGACUGGUUUACAAACAAGAAGAAGCAAGUGUUUACAGAUAGCGGCAUGAGAACUUUCUUCGUUGGUUCAGCUGUGUUGACACGACUGGUAAUCGAAGGUUCACUGGAUCAAGUUCGUGAAGUCGUAGAGCGUAGUGAUCCAGAAUGGAAUGCUGUCGAUUCCGUAGACUCCAUGGGUCAAUCUCUACUCCAUUUAGCCAUUUCACGUUGUCGUGCAGAUCUAGUACAGUUACUUCUUGAGUUCAAUCCUAACGUGGAAGCUCGAAGCCGAGCUGGCCACACGCCACUCGAAGCAGCAGCGGCAGCAGGAGAAACCCUAAUUGUGGAGCUACUAUUAGCUCAAGGAGCCCUAACUGAGAGAUUGUCAACAUCUUCAUGGGGUGCGCUCCACUUUGCCACUGCUGGAUUGGAGUGUAAACGCCUCCAACCUCUGAUGGGCGAACUCGCGCGCAAUGCUGGCAGUGGAGCGACGCAUCGUUGUGACCCGUGCAGCAUGUUUCUGCUUGCUGGCGGUGCUGACAUUCGCGGUGGGCCUGGCGGUGACACGCCUCUCCACGUAGCUGCCUCUUCCGGAGAUGAGCAAAUGGUAAAACUUCUGUUAACCAAAGGGAGUGCAGGACUCAAAGAAGUAAGAAAUUUUGUAGGAAAGACAUCAUAUGAUGCAGCGGCUGAAGGGGGACAUGGAAGACUGUUUGAUAUGCUGAAGUUGGGAGAUGAGUUGGCAUUGGCUUCAAGAAAAGGAGAAGCAAGACUAGUGGUGAAAAUGAUCGACAGGGGAGCGGCAGCUAAUGGAAGAGAUCAGCAUGGAUGGACUGCUCUAAUGAGAGCAGGAUUUAAAGGGAGAGUAGAGGUAAUGAAAGCUCUAUUGGAGAGACGAGCAGAAGUGGGUGCAACGGAUGAAAAGGGGUAUACAGCCUUGCAUUGUGCAGUUGAGGCAGGGCAAGUAGAGGCCGUCAAACUGCUCGUAAAGCGUGGAGCAGAUCUCGAGGCGAGGACAAUGAAAGGUGUAACUGCUAUGCAGAUUGCUAACUCUCUUGGGUAUGCAGGAAUAGUGAGGAUUUUAUCUCAAGGUGGAGCUGCAAGAUAUGGAGGUCCUGUGAUCGGCAUUAAUGGAGUCAAUUCUGCGAUCCCAGUUGCUACUGAGAAGCAAAAAAAACUAACGGUUGGUCAAAAAGUAAGCAGGGAAAUGUGGGAGAAGGACGUGAAGAAAAAUGGUAGCAGACUGAGUUUCGGGAGUGGUGGUGGAAGUGGCAGAGGGUUGAGGACUGGGUUUGAUAGACAGGCUAUGGCAGUUGCUUCUCAUUAGGUUUGGUCAUCGAUUUGGAGCGAAUUCUGCCCAGUUCAAAAAUGUCUCAGUUCCUAAAACUUGUUAUUGUUUGAUUUAUCAGGUAUUCAUUCAAGUAAACAUACGAGCACAUGUAAGAAACUUAUUUGAAGUUAGGAUGGUUGUAAGUAAUUGUUAACUCUAGCUCUAUGUUUUCCUUUUCUGCUGAUAUACAAGCAAAUUAUCUGUGAUUCAUAAAGGCCUAAGAAACCAAAAUCACUAUUCAAGGUUAUAACGCUUGCUGCAGGGCU